CACCGGUUUCGCUCGGAUCGACAGCGGCGACAAGAGGAUGACGCUGCUCAUCCAGGAGGCCCAAGAUGAAAGGGAGGAUGUACAGAAGAAAACCUUUUCCAAAUGGAUCAACUCACAGCUGGCAAAGAAGAAACUGGAGCCGGUCACCGAUCUGUUCUUCGACCUGCGGGACGGCUCCAAACUGCUGGCGCUGCUGGAGGUGCUCACCGAAAAACCAUGCAAAAAGGAGAAAGGCAAGAUGCGGGUGCACCACCUCAACAACGUCAACAACGCCCUGCAAAUAUUACGGGACUACAGAAUCAAGCUGGUCAACAUCAACAAUAACGACAUCGUGGACGGCAACCCGAAGCUGACGCUGGGCCUGGUCUGGAGCAUCAUCCUGCACUGGCAGGUGCAGGACGUCCUGAAGGGCAUUAUGAAGGAGGCCAAGCAGACGAACCUGGAGAAGACGCUGCUGGCCUGGUGUCGCCAGAUGACGCAGGGUUACGAGGGCGUGGACAUUCGCAACUUCACCACCAGCUGGACGGACGGACUGGCCUUCAACGCGCUUAUCCACAAGUUCGAGCCGGAGCUGUUCGAUUACGACACGCAGCUGCACAAGCCACCGGCGCAGCGGCUCGAGUAUGCCUUCAAACUGGCGCACAAGUACCUCAACAUCGACCGCCUGCUCGACCCGGAAGACGUCAACACCACCUACCCGGACAAGAAGUCGAUCAUGACGUACGUCAUGUGUCUGUUCCAAGUCCUGCCGCACGAUACCGUCGACAUGCAGUUCGCCGACCCGAGCUAUGCCCCGCCGCUGCCCCGCAGACAGGCGGAGGCGGCGCGGCCGGCGCGACCCUCGUCGUUCCUCUCGUCCGGCUCCGGUGUGGACAUCAACACGUACUCGACCAUCCUGGAGGAGGUGCUCGGCUGGCUGGCCGACGCCGGCGCGCGGCUCGAGGCGCCCGACGGCGACUCUGACAGCCUGGCGCACGUCAAGAGCCGCUUCAAAGCGCAUGAGGCCUACAUGGUGGAGCUGACGGAGCGCAAGGCGGACAUAUUCGAGGUGCUGGACGAGGGGAAGCGGCUGCUGACGGAGAAGGUGACGGCCGAGGAGGAGGCCGAGAUCCGCGAGCAGAUGCGGCUGCUGACGCUGCGUUGGGAGGAGCUGCGACAGCGCGCCAUCGAGACGCAGACACAACUGCAGUCGCGCCUGGCCCAGGUGCAGCUCUCGGCCAUGGACGCGCUGCGCUCCUGGCUGACGGGCAUGGAGAACCGGAUCUCGCUGACGGCUCCGCUGGGCCCCGACCUGUCCACUCUGCCGGCGCAGGCGGCCGAGCACGCAGCCCUGGCCGCGGAGGUGGGCCGCUGGAAGCCGCACGUCACCGAACUGUUCGACGUGCUGGUGGUGGAGGAAGACGGCGACGACAGCGAGUUUGCCAACCUGGAGGACCACCUGUCUGUGCUGUCGGAGCGGUGGAACUUCACCGUCAGCUGGAGCGAGCAGCGCGAGCAGCACAUAGCGCAGCUGCAGCGGCACUGGCCGCAGCUGCACGAGCAGCUGGCGCAGCUCAAGGACUGGGUGGACGGCCAGGAGGCACGCCUGAAGGCCAUGGAGGCCGAGCCGACCACUGAGCAGCAGGCGCUCCAGCAGCAGGGCAGCCAGCUGCAGGUGGGUGAACAGUCGCGGCUAGUUGAGAUAGCUCCCCGGACCCGUUGCUUCAAUAUUGAAGUGUUGGCUCGGAUCUCGGUCUAG